CCGAAAAGCCGGUUCAGAUCUUAGAAAAGUGAGUUUUCUAAAGAGAGACGUAGCUACCUCCUUAUCAGCAUCAUACAAAGGGAUCCACCGAGCGCAGACCGUUUUCAAAAGCAGUUACUUUUUGAAUGUCACAAAGAAACGUUGGGGGCUUUUUCUCCUAAACGAAAUGGAUCACUUUGCAGCCGAGUGCCUUGUGUCAAUGUCCAGUCGUGCCAUUGUCCACGGUCAUAAAGGGAACAGGGAGACCAAACCAGAAACCGCGUCUGUCCCGAGGAAUGAAGAAACGGUGAAAGACAAUUCGUCUCUUUUUGUGGUGGCGAGGAUUUUAGCAGAUUUCAACCAGCAGACCCCCACCGGUCUUGCCGACCAGGCAAAGAUAAAGGAGGAGAACAGACAGCAAAGCCCCCCAAGAGACGACGGAAAUGCUGCCACACCUACCGCCAUCAACAGCGACCCCGGUUACAAACAAAGAGGCAAACGAAUGAGAGGUCGAAUCGAACACGAAUCUCCCCAGAAAAAGCACAAAUGCCACUAUUCAGGUUGUGAAAAAGUUUAUGGCAAAUCGUCCCAUCUCAAAGCCCACUUACGGACACAUACAGGAGAGCGCCCCUUCCCGUGCACCUGGCCCGACUGCAGCAAGAAGUUCGCCCGCUCGGACGAGCUGGCCCGCCACUACCGCACCCACACCGGGGAGAAGAAGUUCGGCUGCCCGCUGUGCGACAAGCGCUUCAUGCGCAGCGACCACCUGACCAAGCACGCCCGCCGCCACUCCGACUUCCAGCCCGGCAUGCUGAAGAGGGCCCACGGCGCCGGCGCGCGCACCGGCUCGCUCAGCGACUACAGCCGCUCCGACGCCUCCAGCCCUGCCCUCAGCCCCGCCAGCUCGCCUUAAACUCCCCCCUCCCCCCCGCACCGUCCGCCGAAAAGCCAGAACGACACACACCCCGACCCGUGAAUCUCCAGUCUUUUUUUAACCCCCUCCUUCGACACCUGUGUUGCACAGUCGUUGGCGUCCCUGUGCUAACUCUCCGCUUGCUGUACUGUGUUGUACUGUGCAUAACUGCCUAUUGUAGUGCAAUCUCUCGUGCAACUCAAAAAAAAAAAAGACAAGAAAAAAAAAACGCCUUUCCCAGAUGGCAAUAUUUACAUAGUAUAUGAUAUGUAUGUACUGUUUUUUAGCCUCUGGCGAGCGCCAGUUUAUCCCUAGUGUUUUUAAUUUAAAUUUAUAUUUCUUUCAUUUAAACAGCUCAGUUUCAAAACAACAACAGCAACACCAACAAAACAGCAAAUUGAUGGAUAUAUUAAAUAUUCUUCACGUUUAUUUAACAUGGGGAGGGAAGGGGAACUCAUCAGCACCUCAGGAUUUAAAACAGUUGUUUUUCUUAACUACUUAACUUGACUGCACAAUACAAGCAUCACUUUACUCUGAAAUUCAACGCGCUUGACAUUUGCGCCGCGCUCAGGGAUGGCCUCCUUAGCUUGAAAGAAUGAACGCGAUGAAGAGAAAAACACACGUUAAAAAACAGCCUUACACUCAAUGGGAUUUGCACUCUUUUUUUCAUUCGUGUUUUUUUUCUGAUUUUUAUUUGUUAGUUUUCACACUGGGUGGGGGGAAUAGCACUGGAUUAACAGUCAUUUAAACGCAAGGUUUUUUUUGUUGGUUUGGUUUUUUUUUUUUUUUCCUCAGUCUGUACCAGGAUUUAACUCAGACUCUGUAGUGGGGAGGGAGGGGGCCUCCAGUGAAAGACCACUCAUUGGUUCGUUUUUUGAGCCCGGGAAUAACAUACAGAAACUUUGCUUUCGUUCAUUUUACUUGUGUUCGAACAACAAACCCAUCUCUGACCUCAGUUUGUACCACAGUCUGUUGCUGACCACAACCGCAGAGACAUGGCCGUUUUUUUUUUUCCGCUUAAAUGGGACCCUUCUCACUGCUGUCUGAGAGCGUAGAUGAGCACACAGCAGUUCAUGCCGUGUCCCGUCAUCACUGAUCUUUGACCUGCCAGGUGGGAGUAACAAACUGAAUAGAACAUAGAAAUGCAGACACAGAGGAGAUAGACACAAAACACUGUUUUUUUUUUUCUUUUUUUGGCGGGAACUACACAGCCAUCCAUCAAUAACACAGGGUACCUUGCAGUAGGAGGAAAAGACAGAUAUGCAUUGCAAUGGUUUAUCUCUCUCUCAAAGGAAGGAAAGCACAGACCAGGCUACCUAUGACUAUUUGGCUGUAGAAUCAGUGAGGCACAAGGUAGACCAUACUGCUUCAAAGGGGACGUCUCAGAAAAGUGUCACAUGACGUGGGUUGGACAAGUAGUGUGCUUGCAGACUUACUCCACAAAUUCCAUAGAUGGACUUCAUCUCCCAUGAGCACUGCUGAGCAUGGUGCUUUGUCUCUGAAUAUGUGGUGCUUUGAACUCACUACUAGUGAGCAGAGAACAGCUAAAGACCCAGGUCCUUGGCUAAGGGAACCAGUUGUCCUUUUGUUCUGCCUCUAGUGGAUGUAAUGUCACCUUCUGUAGUGGGCGCACAUGGUUGUCUUAACUCCACUGCAAUUGCACAACAGAGACCAGGGCAUUACAGAACAGAGAGGCCAGGUGCUUGAAGAAAAGAGACCAGGUUGCUGCCGAAAGUGGGUUAAGAAAUUGACUGCUGGCUAACUGCACAUGGAUCAGACCAUGAACGUGGCAGUCUUAGCAAACAAUGAAUCUGAUAUGCAGAGACCCACACAAAGAGCUAAGGUCUGCUCUCAACUGGAAAACUAUAUCCAGUCAGCUCACACCGCAUUGCAGUUCACACCCAUUUUUUGUAACAGAAAAAAACGUGGCAUCUCUGAGUUUCAAAUCCACAACCUUAGUUGUCACUGGAAACCAAGUAACCACUGAUAGAUUAAUACUCUCGCUCGUGAACUUCUUGGAAGCUGAGUCGUACUUCACAGGAUAUAAGGAGAAAAAAGAUGGAAAAAAUAGAAAAGCCAUGAGCCUGACAUUACUACAUUGAGAGAGUCAUGCCCAAAAUGUAUGUGCUCCAAUUGGCUGAAUGGAAAAAAUAUAAUCAAUAUUCCAUUUUGAGACACACUCUGUAAUGUACUGUUGCUCCUGGUGACAUGAAAUGAGCUUUAUUGCUUUGCUGGGAACAGCAUCUUGCAUGGGUAGUGAAUUGUCUGGAAAAUGAUUCACUGUUGACAGGAAUGAUGUGAAGGAUUGUUUUGGAACCAGGCGUUAGACGUUAUUGAAAAACCUGUCUGGGCAACUUCAGAAAGUGCCGUUAUCCUCUGAUUGUGUAUGGAGAUGGGGUUAGUUGCUUUCAGUAAUAUUACAGUGUAAGUUUCAGACCAGAUCACUCACCCCAGAAUGAAGAGACUAGAGAGUGGCUUUGGGCAAAAACAGUUGACACCCACAGAGCAGCUGAAGGACUUCAGGGGAUAGCCGAACACUUAACCCCCCUGUGCCAUCAAACAGCAGGUUUCAGACCCUUCCUCACUUCAAAGAGCCUGUAUACCCUUCUAAAAACAUUUGCCACCAAAUUAAGUUAAGCAUAUCAGCUGGCGAAAAAGGGAAAGCAUGCUGAAUUUCCUCUUGUGUAUCCUGUGAGCAUGCAGUGUCCUCUCUGUGAAAGAAAUCUGAUUAUUGUUUGCACAGAUGUACCAUAUUCACACAGGGCAGAGACCCAGCAUACCUUUCAGGAAAAAAAGUGUGGUAUGGAUUUUAGGCAUGGAUUUCAAUGUAUUAUAGUAUUUGCGUCCAUCGUUAUUUCAGACACAAAUAGAUAUAUUCAGUAUACAUCAUUAAUAAUCUGGAAAUGUCUUCAAAUGCUUCUGUCCUCAAAUCUAGCUGGCUUUUAAGAAGACCGGAGCCUGCCAUAUGAUAGAUUACUAGCAGUUAUCAUAACUUGUAUGUCUGCUUGGAGCAUGAAAUGAAUUUGAAAUUUUGUGAAAAAAGUAAAAACAAAAAUUGAAAAAAAAAAAAAAAUACUAAACAAAAGUUAUUUCAAAAGGAGCCUCUUGAGCACACACCAAGGCAAACAGCCCUUGCGAGGCUGAUAGGAAGGCUUGGAACGUCCAACCACACACUUUUCCUUGAGUUUCCUUUGGACGUAGAACCACUCCAGGUGCUCCCAGGGUGUCACAGGAUGGGUUUGCCGGACUCUUGGCCCGGGACGUGUGUUCCCUGCUCCGCUGCCUGGUCAGACGUCCCCACACCCUCUCCCCCCACCCCUUGCCCCCUGAUUCUAGGAAAGGAGAGCUCCAGGCCAGCUGGAGAGGGAGGAAGGAGCAGGUGUAGGCUCAUGAAUGGUUGGCCUUGUCCCCCUCAAGCCCCCAGCCCUCCCCCUACACACACACACACACAUUCCCGCAGGCUUCUUUUCCUGGCCACCAAAAAAGGCCCAUAAUCAGCCCACCCCCCAUAAAGAAAACACCCAUUAUAAAAAUAUUCUGCAUCCCUGCAGCAGCAUUCCUGGAAUAGAGCGCGCAUGAGGCAGCCCCACUGUUAGAUCACCCCUCUGCUGCUAAAGAGAUUCCAGACUGCAACAUGAUGCUUGAAAACCCCUCUGUGUUAUUCGCCAGGGCUCGAAUAAGAUGGUAAAAAAAGAGGAACCCACAAUGGUGCUUUCUCUCCUUCUUUUGAGCCUCAUUCUGAAAGCCAUUGGACAUGAAUGGAUGGCACCCGCCCAUAAAGCCCAGCUUGUGUGAGCUCCCCCGACUGUUCAGACCAGCUCGUCAGCUUCCUUGAACCCUGGGCUUGUCUGUAGUCCCUGCAGCGCUUUCGCUUUUGCAGAACAAGGUGUGAUUACACUGUUUUCGCUGGCGUUUUAUUGAUCAUUACGGAAGUGGUGCGUGGGGUAGUUUGCUUUAAAGAUGAAAUACUUGAAAGAUGAUAGAAUUAAAGAGGGCAGUUCACAUUGGCUUUUUUUGGAGUGUGUGUGCGUGUGUGUGUGUGUGUGUGUGUGUGCGUACGUACGGUCAUCGUGCUACUCGUGCCGCCUCAUCUCUGUUCAGGGUCAUUGCUUCUUAAAUCCAUAAACGACACGUUACCUCAGGGCUGACAGCAGCAGAAUUCGUCUGGACUGUUACACCACUC